AUGACACAUCAAACUGUCACCAACUUCAUUACGUUACCGACACUCACCACAUUAGAUCUCGGAGUUAAUAAAAUCGGAGCUGAUGGAGCACAACAUUUGGGUGAUUCAUUAAAGCACAAUACAACACUCACCAUACUAAAUCUCAGAGCUAAUGAAAUCGGAGAUGCUGGUGCUCAACACUUGGGUGAUGCAUUAAAGCAUAACAAAACACUCAGCACACUAAACCUUGAACAUAAUGAAAUUGGAGUUGAUGUAGCCCGACGUUUCGCUAAUAUAUUACAGCACAAUACAAUACUCACCACACUGAAUCUUGGAUUUAAUGACAUCGGAGAUGUUGGAGCCCAAUAUUUGGGUGAUGCAUUACGACACAACACAACACUCACCACACUAGAUCUCAGUGGUAGUGACUUUGGACAUGCUGCAGCACAACAUUUGGGUGAUUUAUUAAAGCACAGCACAACACUCACUACGCUAAACCUCGAGUAUAACUACAUUGGAGAUGCUGGAGCACAACAUUUAGCUCAUGGAUUACAACAUAAUACGACACUCACCGGAUUAGAUCUCUGUACCAACGAAAUCGGAGAUGUUGGAGCUCAACAUCUGCGUGAUGCAUUAAGAUAUAACACAGUAAUUUUGAUUUGCUCGUCAGCUAUGCCAUACCUUUAUCUUUUUUUUGUGUAG